AUUUGGCUAUUUAGCAAAAUACAAAAACAUCAUACUACGCGAACGUGAUCGAUUAGCUGGCGAAGUCAUUGACAUGGAAAAAAGGCUGGCCACUAAUCGUUACUAUUCAGAAAACCUAGAGUAUAUAAUUCGAAAUAAUGAGGACGCUUUAAGUAAAAUGGCCUCGAGAGCUAAAUUUUCAGAAGGGGAACGAAUUAAUGUCGAAUCCAAACUACGAGCUCUUAUGAAGUCCAUGGAAGAACAGAAAGAAGCGCAUGGUAAAACAAUGAACAAGCUUGAAAUAGCGAAUCGAGACUUAGCAGAGACAACUCGUAAGUUAAGCCAGAAGAUGACUGAUUUCGACAGGCAGAAAGUACAAGUGGAUAAAUACAAAAGUGAAGUCAAUGCACUUAACAAAGCCAUGCAUAAAUACGAGGAUGAUAUUACAGAAUUAACUAAAAAUCAAAAGAAUAACGAUGAGAUUAUCAAGCAGUUAAGACUAAUAGAAAAAGAGAAAUCAAACGCAGUUAUUCAGUUGACAAGUAAACUCAAGAAGUCAGUGGAAGAUCAAAAUAACGCAAGUACUCGGUUGUAUAAGCUAAACCGGAAAGUGAUGAUACUUAACAACGAAAUAUUGCGUCAUAAAAAUAACAUUAAUUCUCUUGAGAAAGAUGUACUAAAUGCAAGUGGACGCGCAGACGACAUUCGCCGUAUUAAGGAUUCUUUACAGAAAGAGCGUGAUAGUUUACGCAGCGAAAUUAUCAAAUUAAACAACUCUAUCGCAGAUUUACGACAUGAUAUGAUGCUGAAGACAAACAUGAUCAGCUCCUUAAAUUUGGAUUUAAAUAAGUUAAACAUUAGGCUAGAUGAAGCCUAUAUACUCAAGUCAAAGGCUGAAAAAGAAAGAGAUGAAAUGGCCCAGGAAAUGGAGACACUACACGAGAGAAUAGAAAGUUACCAAGGUAAGAGUAAA